AGAACUGUUUUUAAAGUCAUUUAGUCCUAAAUGGUUUCAUUCAGUCAGGCUGCAGAGAUGAGGGGGUCAGGUGCUGGGCGCAUGCGCAAAGUUGCUCGGGAUGCCAUCCGACAAAUAUCGCGAGAGAAUACGCGACGUUAAACCGCUACCAACGUCCACUUCCUCUGUAAAUGAGUUUUCUGUUAGUGUUUUCGCUCGUGUCUGUGGCAGCUUCCUCCACCUUUGACUUCUCUUGUCGUCCACGAUAGAGAAAUCACUUUCCCCUAAGUAAAAUGAAGAAUACAUUUCUUUGCCUGGGACUUCUUUUUAUUUUACCCCGCAUCGCUGCAGGUCAGUCGUGCCGAGGCAACUGUGGAGUCCAGCUGCCAGGAUGCUCCUGCCUGGCCACCUGCGCAGGUUUGCUGGACUGUUGCUCAGACUACAGAGAGUUCUGCCUCCAGGUGGCGCCACACUCCAGCUGCAUGCUUGGAGGACGCUCCCUGAAGAUCCUGCAGGUGGUGUUUGACCCUGGUCAGCUGCUCCUCUGCAGGUUUGGAGGCGAAGUCAUGACCGAAGGGUUUGUGGACGAAGAAGGCAGCGGCCACUGUGUCACCCCUCUGGUGCUGGAGACCGGCUGGAUCCAGUUUGGAGUCUCCACAGACGGCUCCACCUUCGACAGAUCUGGAGAGUACCUGUCGGUGCACCCCAGUAAAGCCGACCCGGCUUUCCAAGUCGCUCUCAUCAACUCCACCCGGUGGAUGAACUACGGCACAGCCAACGUGUCGGGGCGGCUGGAGGUGAGGUGGGACGGCCGGCUGGUGCAAGCCGAGCGGGUCAACGUGGAGCUGUGGGGUUACAGAGAGACCCCCAGGAGCACUGGCAACAGCAGCCGGCCGGAGCUCAGAUAUUUGUACUCCCUCGCGAGAAACGUCUCCAACUCUGGGUCCUUCAGCUUCACCCCGAAUCCCUCCGAGGAGUUCUCCCUCUGGGAACUGGGCAACAUCCGAGUCACGGCCGCCUCCGCCUCAGACGGAAGCAAGAAUGUCGGGGCUCUCUGGAGCGCGGGUCACAUCCUGGCGUGGCACCUUUCACAGGACUUCAGGGACGACUCGGUAGCAUGGGCUCAAAAGAGGUGUCAGCAGUGGGACGCUGGUGAGAGCACGCUGCCGGACUUCCUGCGCGACCUCCAGGACUGUCCCUGCACGCUGACACAGGCCCGCGCUGACAAAGGCCGCUUCCUCACGGACUACAGCUGUGACAUGGACAGAGGAAGUGUGUGCACCUACCACCCGGGAAGCGUCCACUGCGUCCGAGCCGCUCAGGCCAGCCCCUCGCAGGGAGCCGGACAACAGUGUUGCUACGACAGCCGCGGUGCUCUGGUGCUGACCGGUGACUCGGUGGGGGGCAGCACUCCCGACCGGGCUCACGACUGGGGGUCGCCUCCCCGGGUGCCCCGGUACUCCCACUUGCUGGAUGACGUGCUGAGCUUCCACCACUGCUGCCUGUGGUCCCACAACUGCCCACUGUACCUCAAACACAGACCCUCCACCGGCUGCCAGCGCUACCGACCCCCCACUGCCGGAGUCGUUCUGGGAGAUCCACAUUUCAUCACAGUCGGAGGUCUGGACUUCACCUUCAACGGCCGAGGGGAGUACCAGCUGGUUCUGGUGCCGGAGAGAGCGCUGAGUGUGCAGAUCCGGACUGAGGCCGUCAGACUGCCAGAUGGUGGGGAGGCCAAAGCGACUCGACUGUCCUCCGUAGCGAUGAGGCAAAACCUGUCUGACAUCAUCGAGGUGCGACUUGUGAACCACAGUCUGCAGGUGCUGAGGAACCAGAAGGUUCUGCUGUUCACUGAGCAGAGCUGGAUGGACCUGAAGGGAGCCUUCCUGUUCUCGCCGACUCAACACAAUGUCACGGUGAUGCUCUUCUCUGGUGCGGCCGUGGACGUGCAAGUCUCUGACGGGAACAUGGCCGCCACCGUUCUGCUCCCACCAGAGUUCCCCGAGACCAUCGAGGGUCUCCUGGGUUCCCUGAGCGCCGGAGUGAAUGCCACAGACGAGCAAGUCUUCGCCUUCGCAGCCAGCUGGAGCAUCUCCAAAGACUCAUCUCUCUUCACGUAUGACUCCGAGUUUCUCCUGAGCUCUUACCAUCACCCUCCGAGCCAUGACCCCACUUUUGUCCCGGACUUCGCUCCAGCCCAGGACCCCAGCAACCCGCUGGUGUCCGCCAUGCUGCUGAUGUGUUCAGGGGCCGGAGCCGACUUCUGUCAAUACGACACCCUGAUGACUCGUCGGCUGGAGGCGGGAAACGCCACCUUGAGGUUUUACCAAACUCACCGAAGACUGGUCAAGGACCUGGAGACAGUCGUGUCAUGUGGUUGGAUUCCGACGCCCAAAAACGGAAAGAAGGACGGGACCAGUUACCUGCAGGGAGACACCCUGACCUUCUCCUGCAAUGACCAGUUUGAGCUAUAUGGGUCGACACAGCGCACCUGCCUGCCAGACGGUGUCUGGUCCGGCCAGACGGCUCACUGCGUCACAGACAGCAUCCUGGGCUUCAUCCUCGGUGGCGUCGGAUCUGUGUCGGUGCUUGUCACGAUGGGAAUCAUGAUCAGACUCCACAUCAGGAAACAAGACCGAGAGAAGAAAGACAAAAGCGGAUCCGCGGCACAACAAACUUGUUAACCCCCUCUGGUGCUGCUCGGCGGUCGUUUGCUUCAGUCGAUUUCAGUUUUUAUCUCGGAGCCCAUUAGCACAGGAUUCGGGGGGAAACGUUGUCUUUAUGUCGCCACCACGCUCCAGCGAUCGUCACGAGAGAGAAACAUCACAACAAUCAACACUCCGGCCUCUCGGGCCGAUCCACAGCAGAUGUGUUUGGAUCAGAGGUGCAGCGGAGCGGCUCGGUCGCGCUCCACCGGCUGAACUUUCAUCAUCUCAGCAUCGCUCUCCGUCAAACUUCUGCUGACGAUUCGCUUUCCCGCCUUCCAUGGAACCUGUGCUCUUACACUCCAGGGUAAAGUGAACGGUCAUUUAAAAAAAAAAAAACACUUGUGUAGCGCCACCUAUAGAGGACCAGGCGACUCUCCCGCGCCUCUCUGGCGAGGCUGCCGUCCUGCUGCUGGCACGUCUGGUACAGCAGCCCGUUCAUACCAUCUCUUUUUCGCUCAAGAACAAAUGAUGAAGUGUCUCACUCAGACAGUGUCGCAGUUCUAUAAAGCAGGCUAGUUCAGUGUGCGAAGUCUUUGCAACAUUUUCAGUCUGAUAGAAAAUGUUGUUGCCAAUGUGAGGAGAUUUCAUGGAUUCUCUCACAUUCUUUCUAUACACUAUAGGUCUAUGCUGAUGUCAGCUGCGCCGUGUAGUGCUCCCCUUCCCACACACACUCACAGCGAAGAAGCCGGUCAAAUGUGCAACUUCCAGCUGUUUUUAAACCCGACGCACUUCCAACGUGACCACACACUUUCACAACAGAACGAUGAAGUGAUCCUUGUCGGUCCCGCAACGCCAAAGACUGUCUGCACUGCGGAGCUAAUAGAGCUAACAUGACGUCUCACUUCAAAACUUUGACCCUCAUAGACCAUCAAAGUUUGCUCCGUUAUUUAAAAGUUGGCUAAAAACUUAAGGCAGAACCAAAUAAAUGUGCUCGAUAAUGUGAAGAGAGAAAGAAUCGUUGUUGUUAUGGAGCGAGCUGAGGCAAAGAAUGGAGGAAAAUUCCCCAAAGUACAAUAGAAUCAUGCAGAAGAGAUGGUGAUGGAAUUUAAACUACCAUUUAAAAUAUAUAUCCUGAUGUCCUUUUGCCAUAUUCCCCACGCCUUUCUGGAGACAUCUGGAAACAAUAGAUUUUCUGCUAUUUGUUUCUGCAAAUAAAAUGCCAAAAUAGCUGAGGGACAGCAGCUACUAUUGAUCACAAACUAAAAGAGAUUUUCUACAGGGAUUUUUUGACUAAGCACAAUUUGGCACGCUUUGGCUAAGUUUCCUUUGGUGGUUCCACUGACCCAAGCGUGCCAUGGUUGAAAACACUGCAAUAGAUGAUCUUUUUUUUUGUUCAAUUCAACAAAAGUACAAGCUGAGACUUCAAAGAUCCGCAUCAGUUCAGACACAUGAGGUAUUUAUCUAUCUAUCUAUCUAUCUUGAGUUCAUGUGAGAGGAAUGUGGGUUUGUUGAGGGCUGAUAUCGCCCAAAAUGCUCCUCGUCUGCAGAACGUGAGGAAAUGAAGGAACAUUCUGUGUUGUUUACUGAAGCAGACGGCUUGCUUUGUCACUCCUGAGAGUGUUGUAUGAGCCACCGUGACAGGACACGAGUCCAGAUGGCUGAAAAACAGAAAAGGAUUGUUGAAACGGAAUCUUUUAUUUCCCACCUGAUCAGAGUUCUUAUUUCAGCUUGUCUACUGUGAAUGACGGCGAUGUUAUUUUGGGGUACAUUUCGAAGCCCGUGUUGGGGCCAGGUCUGUUGGAUCUGGACUUCCAAAAGCGGGCGAACCCCUUCGGAACCGCAGGAAUGCUGCCUCUGGUUGGGCCACAUGUGACCCGCUGUCAUCUCAGGUUACCCCUCCGCCACUUUGAACCCCACUCCUUGUUAAAAACGGUCCCUCGGGGGUUCUGGCAGCACGGAGUGGAUCUCUGCUUCUGAUGAUACUUUGAAGUCUCCAUGAGCUACGCUUCCCAGCCGAACUCUGGAGAUGUAAGAGCAUAUCUCACACACCUGAGAAGCGGCUCACGCGCCCACCGUUUAUCUGCCUGUGUUAAGUUUGUGUCAUCAGCUUGAAUCAAGUGUUUCCUGUAGGAUAAUAAAAACAAGAGUCCUCACCAGCUUCAUGGUUGUUUAGUCGCUGGUUUGUCAAGACUAAACCUGCUGCAGAAAGUUGUCUCCAGAAACCACCAUGUUUUUGCACUUUUCUGUGUCUCUGUGUCUGUGUCAACUUUGGAAUUAUCUUCCCCUUUUUUAAUUUUAGGUUUUACAUUUUUACUUUUAUUUUUCAAAGUAUUUUCAAAAGCAAUUGUUACUUAGAUUUUUUUUUCUGGUGUCUUUAUUUUUAAAGUAUUGACUGAGUUGUUUUUGUGCUUGUUUAAUGCUAAUAUGUUGCCGAUUUAUCUUCUCCACUUAUUUCUUUUCUGAUGAUUUCUGUUUUUCAUACAUUACAUAUAUACAUUGUGUCUUUACAUUUUUUUUUUACUUUUUGCAGGACUAUUUCCAAACCCUAUUCAGGAGAUUUCAUGCAUUUUUCAUGUAUCAUCAACUCACAGUUGCUUUUUGUUUUGUUUUCUCACUACUCUGAUCAAGCUUCUCCUGGAAUCUUUUUUCCCCUUGAACCUCUUCAGACCUGAUCCUUGGGAUCUGAAUCACAUAGAAGGAGGAAAAACUGAACCUUCGAGCAAAGUCACUUUUUACAAACAAGAAUGUUCUUGUUUGGGGACAAAUAUUGUUGUUAACAUGCUGUCUUCAAUUUCAAUGCUACUAAAAUGUGUCAAUAUUCCCAGCUCAAAUGAAGCUGGGGACUUGAUUGUAUUGUUUGUACACUGGAUUCCUUCUCAAA